GUAGCAAACAAAAUCCGAGAUUUUAUCUGAUACUAUAUAAGUGUUAGCGUGGUACGAGGUAAAUAUCAGUGAUAUAAUAUAUAAUUGUGUUACAGGACACCAACGAAAUUAAAAAAAAACGAGGAUGCUUCGCUACCUCGUUUUGCUGUCUCUGGCCUCUGUGGCCGUGGCCUACUUUAACCCUCACUAUGCCGCGGGCCGGAGCACCAUGGUCCAUCUCUUCGAAUGGAAGUGGGAUGACAUCGCGGCUGAGUGUGAGCGGUUCCUGGGCCCAAGGGGAUUUGGUGGUAUUCAGGUAUCACCCGCAAAUGAGAACCUGGUCAUCUGGUCUCACAACCGCCCUUGGUGGGAGCGCUACCAGCCCAUCUCCUACAGGCUUGUUACCCGUUCUGGAAACGAAGAGCAGUUCGCCAGCAUGGUGAGACGAUGCAACAGUGCUGGUGUUAGGAUUUACGUCGACGCUAUCAUCAACCACAUGACUGGCACUUGGAACGAGAACACUGGAACUGGAGGCAGCACCGCCAACUUUGGAAACUGGCACUACCCAGCUGUGCCAUAUGGCACCAACGACUUCAACUGGCCCAAUUGCGUCAUCAGCGGCAAUGAUUACGGAUGCUGCGCUGACAGAGUACGAAACUGUGAGCUAUCUGGUCUGAAGGACUUGAACCAAGGUACUGAGUAUGUCCGCACACAGAUCGUCAACUUUAUGAACCACCUCAUUGGCUUGGGUGUUGCUGGUUUCAGGAUUGAUGCUGCUAAACAUAUGUGGCCAGGAGAUCUACGCAUAAUCUACGACAGGCUACAAAACUUGAACACAGACCAUGGCUUCCCAUCUGGUGCCCGUCCAUAUAUUUACCAAGAAGUCAUUGACCUUGGCAGUGAAGCUGUCAGCCGAGAUGAAUACACUCCUCUUGCAGCAGUCACGGAAUUCAAAUUUGGCAUGGAAUUGAGCAGAGCAUUCCAAGGAGGAAACCAGCUAAGAUGGUUGGUCAACUGGGGUCCUCAAUGGAGUCUUUUGGCUUCAGACGUAUCUCUUGUCUUCAUUGAUAACCACGACAAUCAAAGAGGUCAUGGCGCUGGUGGUAACAUCCUCACCUACAAGAAUGCCAGACCUUACAAAGCAGCUAUUGCCUUCAUGUUAGCCCAUCCAUACGGGGAACCUCAGUUAAUGAGCAGUUUCGCCUUUACUAAUACUGAAGCUGGUCCUCCAAUGGACAACAGUGGCAAUAUCAUUUCUCCAUCUAUUAAUUCUGAUGGAACAUGUGGUAAUGGUUGGGUGUGCGAGCACCGCUGGCGUCAGAUCUUCCAGAUGGUUCAAUUCAGGAAUGUAGCUGGCACCACCGGCCUCAACGACUGGUGGGACAAUGGCGGCAACCAGAUUGCUUUCUGCCGCGGUGGCCAGGCUUUCAUCGCUUUCAACCUUGAGUACUGGGAUAUGAACGAGAAUCUUCAGACUUGCCUCCCUGCCGGCACAUACUGCGACAUUGUCUCCGGCUCCAAGAGCGGUAACAGCUGUACCGGCAAAUCUGUUACCGUCGGCAAUGACGGACGUGCCAGGAUCUCCAUUGGAGCCAACGAGUUAGACGUGUUCCUUGCUAUCCACAGAGGAGAUGAUUCACGACUCUAAGCUGAGCUACCCGAGAGAGAUGGAAGACUACUAAUGGAUGGAAGUUUUCUAUUCUCCAUCUGAUUCGACCUGUGAAAAUUACUAUAUGCAAACUUGAUUCUACACUUUUUACACUAUAUAGACUAAACAAAAUUAAAAAAUAUAUAAUUCUUGUUUGUUUUAAAAAUAAAGUAUUUUUUCAUUUGAUUA